UUUUUGAGCACUGGAAUCCAUAUUUUGACCAUGAGUCGGCCGAGUGCACUUGCUGCCGUGUUCCAGCCAGUCCACGCCGAGAAGCUGAAUGCGUUCCUCCGCACAUCCCGAUCUGCAGCUUUAUCCAACACAUUCAAGCAACUUCAUGUGGUCAUCGGGAAUGAAGCCUGCGAUGCGGACUCGAUGGUAAGUAGUCUGGUGCAUGCGUUCUUUCGUGGCCAAGCAAGGGGAAUCUCCAAUACCCCCUCGUCAACAGUCUUCUUGCCAGUGAUGAGCGUCGACCGCGACCAGUUCCGUCUACGCUGUGAGACCAAGGCCCUCUUCGACGCCGCCCACAUUGACGUCGAUGCCCUGGUGUUCCAAAACGAAAUCGACCUAUCCGCCAUCCACGCCGCUCGGCAAUUGACGUUGACAUUAACCGACCACAACAAACUCAAGCGUGGCUAUGCGUCCCUAAGCUCAGCCGUCACCGACAUCAUCGAUCACCACGAAGACCUCGGUAGCCACGACCAUGUGACCGGUGUCCGUCGACGCAUUGCGUUCGAGAAGACCGACCACGGGGGGAACGUCUUAGCGGGCUCGUGCUGCACUCUGAUCGCAGAAGAAAUCUUAGCCCAAUCGUCGUCGCCAAUUCCGCCGUUGGACGCGACGUUGCUCUUGGCGGUGAUUCUAUUGGACAACUUGAACAUGGACCCGAAGAUGAAGAAAGGCACCCCGCGGGACUUUGCAAUGGUGGAUGCUCUGCUGUCGCAUGCGUUGGUGCCACGGCUUCCGCUGUACGAGUGGAUCGUGUUUGAAAAGUUCAACCCUGCCAACUGGACAGCGUUCUCGUUUGCAAACUGCCUCCAGUACGACUACAAGCAGUUUGAAUCCCACGGCGUCUCAUACGGGUGCAGCUCCAUUUUGGUGGAUCUGGCUACGUUUUGGGCUAUCGGUGGGGGGGAUGUGGUGGUGCAGCUAGAGCAGCAUCGACAAGUGCUAGACUUGGCGUUUGUCGUCGUACAGUCGAUGAUUCAGUCCGGGCCCCGGCGCCAGCUGCUCGUGUAUGCAAAGGACCCGAAGUUGCAGUUGGCGCUCAAGACGUAUCUGGACAACGUGGCUGUGCUCGACCUCGCCCCUCUGGACGUGCAUCCUGCAGUGAUCACGUACGACCAACACAACGUUGCAUUGUCCCGCAAACAACUCGUGCCGCUGCUGGACACGUUCCUCAAGCAACUUGCCUCUCAAUUGUAGUGCGAUUCGAUCACGUGUUGGGAUGAUGUCGGAUACAGUGAUACAGUGGUGGUGGUGAUAUGUGGCUAUAGGUUUGGACUAGCUUGCUCUAACGUUACACUGAAUUCAUGACUCCUAUGCUUGGGUUACAACUAUAGUCCUAUUAGUACUACUAGC